AUAUGGACACGGACGCAGUUGACCUAAUUCUUGCAUUUCAAGAUGAUAGUGGUAGAAAGGCCCUUGAUUCAAUCGAUAUUAUUCUUGCGUUAGAGGGAGAAGAUGACGAAGAUGUAGCAGUGGCCGAUUUUAUUUUAAACACUAAGAAUCGAGUGUAUCAUUACUUGGAAAAAGAGCCUGGAACAUUUAAUUUAGCAGACCUUGGUGACUCGUACUGCCACACUCAUUUCCGCUUCUACAAGGACGACAUUACGAGAUUAAUUUCUGCUUUGGGAAUUCCAAACCAAAUUUCUUUAGAUACUCGAGUUAAGGUAUCUGGAGAAGAAGCACUCUGUAUUCUUCUGCAUCGUCUCUCUUAUCCGAAAAGAUAUGCCGAUCAAAUGAAAUUUUUCCCGAGAGGGCGCAGUGCAUUGAGCGGAAUUUUCAAUUUUAUGGUCGAUUUUAUAUCGAAAGGAAAAGGACGUCUUCUGAAAAGUUUCGAUCAUACAUUCCUAUCUCAGGAUAAAAUAGAGGAGUUAUGUAGUAGUAUAGCUGCUAUGGGAUCACCUUACAAACGCUGUUUCGGAUUCAUUGACGGAACAGUCAGAGCAGUGUGUCGACCCAUUGACGAUCAGAGAGAGUUCUACAACGGUCAUAAACGUGUCCACUCAAUCAAAUAUCAAUCCAUAAUGCUACCCAAUGGAAUCAUUUUCAACAUGUUCGGGUCGGUCGUCGGUCGUAGACAUGACGGACAUAUGCUUGCCCGAAGCAAAACUGUUGCAAAACUGGAGCGAAAAUUUCGAGGGUGGGAGAAUCCUCCGCAUUUGUACGGUGACGCUGGCUAUCCGUUGUCAAAAGAGCUCAUUGUACCAUUUAAGGGGCGUCUAACCAAAAAACAACAAACGGUUAACAAGAGAAUGAGUCGCCUCAGAGUUUCUGUUGAGUGGGGCUUCGCGAAAAUUAUUCAGUUGUUUCCAUUCGUUGAUUUCAAAAAAAAAUUAAGAAUCAGACAUGAGAAAGUGCCAGAUUUUUAUAAAGUCGCAACGAUUCUCGCAAAUUGCCAUACCUGCCUAUAUGGUAGUCAAGUCUGCCAAUAUUUCGAAAUGGAACCACCAACAUUAGAGGAAUAUUUAAAUUAAGAG